AUGGUCCUCGGCUGGCUGCUGCUUCUGGUGAUGGCUCUGCCCCCAGGCACGACGGGCACCAAGGACUGCGUCUUCUGUGAGCUGACCGACUCCACGACCUGUCCCGGCAUGCACAUGCGCUGUGGCGAUGACGAGGACUGCUUCACGGGCCACGGGGUGGCCCCCGGCAUCAGCCCCAUCAUCAACAAAGGCUGCGUGCAGGCCACCUCGUGUGGCCACGAGGAGCCCGUCAGCUACAUGGGUGUCACCUACAGCCUCACCACCAACUGUUGCACCGGCCGCCUGUGUAACGGGGCCCCCCACCCCGCAGGCGGCCAGAUGGCAGGGGCCACCACCGGCCUGGUGCUGGGCGUGCCACUAUUCCUCCGACAUUUGCUGUGA